GCGACGUCCAACGAGCGCACAACAUUGUUUGUUCAAACACAUCGGAAGAAUACACAGCUACGUUUGGAACUUUAAAGGGGUUUCUGCUUUUUUUGAAAUAUCGUCUUGCCCAACUCAAGCAACCAUGGUGAUUUACUGCCUAUUGACAAGCGUGUUUGCCGCCACGUUGAUGAGUGGUUUCACACGUGUCAUUCAGGAUAAAAAGAUGCCAGGAGAUCACGACCCCUUGCGAGAUAACUGGGGAGUCAAGUGGAGAGCAUUUUUUAAGCACAUGGAUAUGAACGGAGAUGGAAAGAUGGAUGAAAACGAAUACGUUAAUAUGACGGCAGCAACAGUAGGCACAAUAACGAAGUCCGCCGAGAAGGAGGAGAAAAUGAGAGCUUUUUUGAAGGAAAAUUGGGAGAGGUGGUGGAAAAGCUUUAUGAAAGACGCCAGUUUUGGAAUUUCAGCCGAUGACUUUAUAUCAACCGAACCUAAAACCAGAGAGAAAAUGGUAGAUAUUCAGCACUUGGUCAUGGAAGUUAAAUGGGCGCUUAUGUUAUUCGAGCUGGUGGAUGUUGAUGUGAAUGACUCCUUGAACGAAACAGAGUAUGGCAAUUAUCUUGAGAUUUUUCGAGCACCAUUUUCGCCGGAUAUCUUCUAUGAGGCAGAUAGCAACAGCGACGGGUCUAUAGAUAAAAGUGAGAUGGUUAUAAAUGAGUUGUCAUGGACGAUCAGCAAAAGUACGGAUGGAGCCGAUUUUUACGGGAAAGUACUGUAAUAUUAUACUUAUGCUUCUAAUAGACUGUGCUAUUUUGCAUAAUUGAAUAAUUUCAGUUGUUGUCAGAGCGAAACAUUUGACAUUUUUUUCCAAGAAUCCACAGCGCGGACAUUCACAUAUUGCACAGACAAACACACUUAAACGAUAAUAUGGACACAAUGUCAUAUCUAUUUGAGGUUUUAAAGCCUUAUUAUUACUUUCUGUCAUUUAUGGUCUAUUGUUGCUUAUAAAUAGCAUCAACCUAUCUUACUCAU